CAAGCAGGGCGCUUUUGUUACAGCUAGAGGGAGGGAGAUAGCAAGAAUAAAAUAUAUAGGAGCCAAAUUUCCCCAGGUCGGUCUUGCAUCCUGCAAAAAAACCGGGCCUCUCCCGAAUCUACGGCUACAAUACUAGCUACUAUGGAGACCAAGAUCGGACAGAGCGCGUAGUCCCCGUUCAAAAAAAACAUUACCGUCGGAGAGUUGAGAAACGACGAAGCACAUUAUCGCUGCUUUCUUGAAAUCGUUCUAUGAUAGUGCAUUUGUGUGAACAGAAGCAGGGAUCUAAUAUUUGGCAUUUGUUUAGAAUGGAACACGCUGAAGGCCCUGUACGAAAAAGGGAAACCUAAGGAUGCUGGAGCAGAACAAUGGAUUUCUCCUUUUCUUUCAUGCAACGGAUCAUGGGAAACACAAUUCAGCAACCCCCCCAGCUCAUUGACUCCGCCAACAUCCGUCAGGAGGACGUGUACGAUGCCGUCAGCGACCCUGGCGACGACGCCAGCGGCCCCCCCUCCUACGAGGCGGCCCUGGAGCCCGGCUUCACCUACCCUCCCGAAGACGUGCCGGUGGUCGGCAACGGCUACCCAGCUGCCGUGAGUGCGUACGACCCCCAGGCCAAGUUUGCGUUGUACUCGCAGUUCCCUAACGGCUCGGCCAAUGGUUACGGUGCAAUCCGCGGCUACAGCGAGCACAGCAUGCUGCUCGGGGAAGGGACGACGGUCCUGAGACCGCCGGUGGUUCAGGAGAAACCCCCGACACACCUCUCCUCGCCUCCACCGCCCCCUCCCCCUCCCCACCUGAGCCUUCAUCACCACCAGCCCCAGCAUCACCACCAUCCUCAUCCUCAUCCUCACCCUCACCUUCAUCACACCCAGAACGUGCCUCUGAUGCCCACCCAGCAGCAGCACCACCACCACCCCCCCCACCACCAUCCACCCCCUCCACCUCUCAUGACUCCCGUCUUGCCCCCACCUCCCCCCUUGCAGAUGCCCUCCUCUCCCCCUCUCCUCUCCACCCACGACAGCAGCUGCAGCAGCAGCGGUGGCGGCGGCGGUGGUGGUGGAUCCGCCGACUCCAGUCCUCUCCAGCCCGGCAUCGUCCUUCCCAAAAAGACCAACUCUCCCGAGAUCAAGCUCAAGAUCAUCAAGACGUACCAGAACGGGCGCGAGCUCUUCGAGUCAGCGCUGUGCGGUGACCUGCUGCAGGAGUUCCAGGCGGGGGAGGCCUCGCGCCGACGCCACGAGCAGAAGAAGGAGAAGAGGAAACGGAGGAGCGGGCGGCAGAGCCUCCACUCCGAGCACGAGCCCCCGCCGUUCACCAAGGCAGCGGUAGGAGGAGGAGGGAGGGUAGGAGGCCCCGAGGUGACCGUCUCCACUCCCCCUCUGGAGAGACGCGUUGUCGCAUCAAAGGACGAACCGCUGGCGCGGAUUAUCAGAAGCCCCAAAGCAGAGGCGAAGGAACAGAAACAGAUUGAGAAGCACUUUCCCACUGUCAUCACUGGCACGGGCUGCUGUAAGGAGUUUGAUAUCGGGGACUUGGUGUGGGCCAAGGUGGGCACCUACCCCUGGUGGCCCUGUAUGGUGUCCUGCGAUCCCCAGAUCAAGGUCCACACGCGCAUCAACACGCGAGGUCAUCGGGAGUACCACGUGCAGUUCUUCGGCAGUGUUCCGGAGCGGGCCUGGAUCCACGAGAAGAGGGUGGUCCAGUACCAGGGCCAGGCCCAGUUCGAGGAGCUUCAGGCGGAUACGCUCCGCAAGAGCACCAACCCCAUCGAGAGACAGAAGCUGUUGAAGCCUCAGUCCCAGCGGGAGCGUACCCAGUGGGAGGUGGGCGUCGGCCACGCAGAGGCGGCCCUGUUGAUGACCAACGAGGAGCGCAACGAGAACUACACCUUCAUCUACGUGGACAAGGAGCCCGGCGGAACGCCGCCCGGCACCGCGGGCUCUGCCUCCGCAUCCGCAUCCACAUCCGCAUCCGCCUCCACCGGCCGACCGCGAAAGGUCGGCAAACCGGAACGCAAGGUCCGGCGCUCCCGCAGCGGACCCGUGGAGCGGGAGAGGGAGGGAGGAGCGGGAGGAGGAGGUGCAGGAGGAGCAGGAGGCGCAGGGGGAGGCCCUCGGCGACAGCAGCCCCGCAGGCAGUGCAGCAUGACCAGCGGAGAGGAGCAGUCCUCCCCUAGCCGCCGGCGCAGCGAUGGGGACGAGGAGGAAGAGGAGGACGAAGAGGAGGAAGAUAACGAAGAGGAGGAGACUGAGUCCGGCGUGCGACGCGGCCCGCGCCUCAGGGGCUCUCCCGGGCGGGACGUCUCGCACCCCCAGAGCGGGAGCAGCCCGGCGACGGCCUCGGGGGUGACCGCGGCGUCCUCCUCGUCGUCGUCGUCCCCGGCACCGGUCAAGACGGCGUGGAAAACGGCGGCGGCCCGGAAGCUGCUUCCGCUGUCCAUCACCAUGAAGAAGCUCAACGUGGAGAUCAUCAAGUGCGACUGGCAGUUGCCCAAAGAAAAACUGCUGCUGCCGCCCAAGCAGGUUGACAAGGAGGAGGAGGAAGAGGAGGAGGAGGAAGAGGGGAGGCGCGGGGAGCAGAUGCCCUCUCCAGAGGCUUCUCCGCAAGGCUCCAGCGACAAGGCUGAGAUUCUGUCCAGUGAAGAGGAGAGGGAGCCGUCACCUUGUGAGUGGACCAGCAACCAGGAGAGCGGCAAACGCACACCGACCCCUGAGCACUCCUCAGGUCCACUGGAGAGGAAACUGCAGCGCAGGUGUGUGAGAAGUCGUUCCGAGUCUGAGAAGUGUGUGGAGCCGGUCCCAAAGAAGAAGGUCAAAAAGGAGCAGGCAGAGACUGCGCCUCAGAUGGAUUUGAGGACGGGGUUCCAGAAAGGAGCCAGUGAGAUCUCGGACUCCUGCAAGCCGCUGAAGAAACGCAGUCGAGCGUCGACCGACGUGGAGAUGGCGAGCUCGCUCUACCGUGACACGUCCGACUCUGACUCGCGAGGACUCAAUGAUCCACAGAUGGGAUUUGGGAAGCGCUCGGACAGCCCCACCAAUCUGGAUGCGGACGGGUCAGACUCCCAGUCGGUGGACUCCAACCUGUCUGGACAGGGCGGCAGCUCGUCCAAGAGGGAGAACGUCUGCCAGAAAUGUGAGUCCUUCGGUGACUCCCUGGUGUGCUGUGAGGGCGAGUGCAACAGACUCCUGCACCCAGAAUGCCUUGGGGCCGGCUCAGACGGGGAGCCCAUCUGCCAGGAGUGUAAAACAGGUUCGCAUGCGUGUUUCUCCUGUAAGGUGGUGGAGGGAGAUGUACGGAGGUGUGCGGUGUCCGGCUGCGGCCGCUUCUACCACGAGGCCUGUGCCAGGAAGUACCCGGGCACCGCUGUGGACCCGCGCGGGCUGCAGUGCCCCCAGCACAGCUGUGCCACCUGCUGUCUUGAGAGGGACCUGCAGAAGGCCAGUACAGGCCGUCUGAUGCGCUGCCUCCGCUGCCCGGUGGCCUAUCACACGGGAGACGGCUGUGUGGCGGCCGGCUGUGUGAUGGUCACUCCUCACCUCAUGGUGUGCAGCAACCACUCGAGCGCACGGCGGAACGGCCACCUCUGCUCACCGGUAAACGUAGGCUGGUGUUUCCUCUGUGCUCGAGGCCUUGUAGUGCACGACCUCACUGACCGCAUUUUAAGCUCAUAUACCUUUAAGUCUCACUUCCUUCUGACUGAGUCAAAUCGUGCUGAGUUGAUGACAUUACCUAUGAUUCCUUCUUCUUCGUCAGCUACCCAAAAGAAUAUUGGCAAAGGAGGAAGACUGCUGUGUUGCGAGGGCUGUCCGGCGGCCUUCCACCCCGAGUGUCUGAAUGUGGAGAUGCCCGAGGGGGUGUGGCUCUGCAGUGAGUGCAGAACAGGCAAGAAGCCGCACUACAAGCAGAUCGUCUGGGUCAAGCUGGGCAACUACCGGUGGUGGCCGGCUGAGAUCUGCAACCCCCGUCUGGUGCCGACCAACAUCCAGACGCUGAAGCAUGACGUCGGCGACUUCCCUGUCUUCUUCUUCGGUUCCCACGACUACUACUGGAGCAACCAGGGCAGAGUGUUCCCCUACGUGGAGAGCGACCGGAACUACGCCGAGGGCCAGGUUGGCAUCAACAAGACCUUCAAGAAAGCGCUUGAGGAAGCUGCCAGGAGGUUUCAGGAGCUGAGAGCGCAGAGGGAAACUAAAGAGGCCCUGGAACAGGAGCGCAACUCCCGAAGACCCCCACCUUACAAACUCAUCAAGUCCAACAAGCCGGUGGGGAAGGUGCAGCUCCACGUGGCCGACCUGUCGGAGAUCCCGCGCUGUAACUGCCGUCCGUCAGACGAGCGCCCCUGCAGCCAGGACUCGCAGUGCCUGAACCGCAUGCUGCAGUACGAGUGCCACCCGCAGGUCUGCCCAGCCGCCGACCGCUGCCACAACCAGAGCUUCUCCCGACGCCACUACCCCGUCACUGAGGUCAUCAAGACCCAUGAUCGCGGCUGGGGCCUCAAAACCAAGCAGGACCUCAAGAAGGGGGAUUUUGUGAUGGAGUAUGUCGGGGAGCUGAUCGACUCCGAGGAGUGCCGUCAGCGAAUCCGCCACGCCCACGAGAACCAUGUGACCGACUUUUACAUGCUCACACUCACCAAGGAUCGGGUGAUCGAUGCCGGACCCAAGGGGAACGUAGCACGCUUCAUGAACCACAGCUGCAGCCCCAAUUGCGAGACGCAGAAGUGGACAGUGAAUGGGGAAGUGCGGAUCGGCCUGUUCACCCUCUGCGACGUCCCUGCAGAUACAGAGCUGACCUUCAACUAUAACCUGGACUGUCUGGGGAACGGCCGGACAUCGUGCCACUGCGGGGCGGAGAACUGCAGUGGGUUCCUCGGAGUUCAACCCAAGAGUGCGGUGGUGAUGGAGAAGGAGGAAAAGGUGCGGAACUCCAAGGUGAAGCCGCGGAAGCGGAAGCUGAAGCCGGAGAGCCACGAGUACCGCUGCUUCUGCUGCGGCGAGGGCGGCGAGCUGGUCAUGUGCGACCGCAAGGACUGCCCCAAAGCCUACCACGUGCUCUGCCUCAACCUGACCACACCACCCUAUGGGCGAUGGGAGUGUCCGUGGCACCAGUGUGACGUGUGCCAGCGCGUCUCGAGCGUCUUCUGUGACUUCUGCCCCACGUCGUUCUGCCGCGAUCACGAGCGGGGCGGCCUGGUGCCCUCAGCCCUGCAGGGCCGCCCCUGCUGCCCCAAGCACAACCCUCAGCGGCCCCUGGACGAAGGGCACGCCAAGGUCAAGAUGGAGGAGGAAGAGGAGGACGAGGAGGAGGAGGAGGAAGAAGAGGAAGAGGAGGAGGAAGAGGAGGAAGAACAGCCAGAGUCACCUGAGGAACCGGCCGAGUGAACCGGACCAAUGGAAGAAGAGUUUGAGGGAGAGAGAGAGAAGAAAGAGAAGAGAGAGAGAUCAGACGCUGAGGCCACAGCUGAGGCUGCGAAACAUAAGCUUACUUUGCCAGCGUAAGCAGAAAAGGCUGGAGACUCGUCUGUUUUUGUUUUCCCUUUUAUACAUCACAUGGACACACCCUCUUCUCUCAGACACACACACACACUUUUCCCUCAUCAUUGCAUGUGACCGCUGUUCUUUUUUUAAGUGUUCCUUUUCUGUAGGCAGUGGGAAGUCCUAGACUGUUAUGUCCUUCAUUCAGCCUGUACGGCCGAUGGUUUUCGUUUCCUCCAGCGGAUCUCCAGCCUCGCUUCAAGCCUCGUUGUCGAACGGUUGGCUCUCGGUCUGUGGACCUGGCUAAUGAUUCUCCAUAUGGUACCAACGACCCAAGAACUUUAUUUUCUGUACCUCAUGUAAAUACCGGGCUCAAAUAGGUAGACUGGGGCCGAGAACACUCUCGAUUCAGAACCCCACAGAUCACGCCACAUUUCAAAACAUUUACCCACGGUGGGAACAUAUCGUACGCCAGAUCAAACCAUGACAAAGACUUUGUUUAAUAAUGUCUCCUCAUCCCACUUUGUGAUUUUUCAAAUAUAUAUAUAUCUAUAUAUUAAUAUAUUUAUAUGUCUAUGUUUACAUUAACACACAAUGUAUUGUUACUACAGUAUACUAGUCCAUUUGAUAUCACUGUUGUUGCGUAUUCUCAUUGUAUGUGAUCUUAACAUUUGUUCGUUGGGUAUUUGCUUUUCUCGUUUUGACUGCCUAAAUAGGCACUUGGCUCUGCAUUUGGCACAUGACUUUCUGCUUCGCUACCAAUGUGUAUCACUUGAAGACGUGAAUCGAUCACGUGGAGAGGAACGAGGAGGUCUACAGUGGAACCUUUAGAACCGGUAAAAGCUGGUGAAGAGGACCCAAAGAAGAACCUGCCUUUGGUUCUCUUUUUGGGACCGUUCCGGCUCUAGGAUGCGAAUGUGAAGUAGCAUUUGCGUCAUUUAUAGUUGUUUUUAAAAAUUUUUAAUUAUUACUAUUUCUGUAAUUAAUAUCAUUUUCAAGUGACCUAUUUGGGCUUGCUAUGGAGCCCAUUUGAUUACAUAUCUUGUUUUUGUUGUCUAAAGUAAAAAAAAACCCACCCACAUUUGCCCUCUGUAGAUGUUUUUGACACUGCCAUCCGAAUCCUAGAAGAAGCCUUACUGAAAAUCACUUCUUUCACGCAUUGUUUAAACUCUCCUUAUGAUAUUGCACAGGUGCCAAUAGAAAGGUCUACCACCAGGAUUCACCUUGCUCAGAAGAACAGCACUAUCUCCAAUUGUAAUAGCUGUGAUGCCUCUGAUUUUGUUUUUAUUUAUUUUAUUUUUUAAACUGUAGUUCAUACUUUAUGAUUUGUGCGUCAGGUGUGGUUCACCAGUGAGUUUUAUUAUGUAAAUAUUACCUGAAUCAUCUGUAUUUUAUUUUAUUUAGAACUUGACGACCAUUUCGGUUACAUACAAAGAAGCUGUACGAUAAAGGUGUUGUUUUUUUGUUUUUUUGUUUGUUUUUUUAAUACCUACCUAUAUAUUCUUAUGUGCCCGUCCGGGAUCUUCUCCAGAUAUUCUUCCCACCGUGCUCCACACAGUAUUCAAGUGCGCUCCUCUGUGAAGCCACGGCGUUGUCUUAAUCGUACUAUUGACCACCAGGAAAGCCUGGCCAGGCCCAUCAGUGGACAGGCUUGGGGAGGGUCACUAGGGUGGGACUUGCAGAGCAGCAUAGUGUAGCAUCUUUCUGUGACGACUCCUCUUCCUUCGUGUCCACAAGAGCCAAUCUCAGUAGUGUUCAUAGGCCAUGGCAGUGGUUUUCAAAAACAGCCAAAAAAAAAAAAUGGAACAUUGCCUUGCCAAUGUGUUGGACUUAGCUGCUAGCUGCUGUGAUGUGAAGUACCGUGUUGUGCUGGUCCAAAAACUCAUUCGUUUACCAGUAAGCUGUGCCCAUUGUGAGCACUGUUUUAAGACCAGGAAUGGGAUAGAAGUUGUGUUACUAUGGCGUUGACCUGUGACCUUGUUUUUUUUUUUUUAGGGUACUGCUGCACCAUGGACAAGGCCCAGAGUAGUCAUUUUUACCUGACCGUGUUCCAGUGUUCUAAGAGAAUUAUAACAUAUUCACUCCACCAGGCUGUUCCAUUGCGUUAUCGAGAGGAAAGCGAUGCUGGCCGGGGUUACUUGAAAUGUGUUUGUGUUCAUAUUCUUUAUCUUGCUUCUGGUCAGCGGCAGAGUUUGGACACCACUUGGUUCGAAAUGCAUGGUUGUAGGCCGUGGCAUUGGCGUGGCAUGUUUUUGACAAAGGGAAUCGCAUUAACGUCAGCUAUGAGGGGACGGUGCCCUGUUGCUACGGUGAGAUGCGUGGGACACGUGACAUUGUACUGCUACCAGCCUUGUAUGCUUUUUUUGGGUUUGUUUGUUUGUUUAUUUGUUUGUUUGUGUUCUUUUAUUUUAGUCUCACAAGAAGUGCACCAAUCAGCACUUUCACUUUGUUCACAUUUCUGGCCUUUCAGUAUUUUUUCUUUUUUUAAAUGUGCUUUAAUUGUAAUGCUACAGAGUCUAACUGUACAAUUUAAGAGUAUGCUCUAAGAGUUUUCCAUAGAAAUCAAUAGGCACUUUCAGUAAAUACCAUUGACAUUUCCCUCCAUGAAUAAUUUGAUUCUGGGGGAAUCAAAUUAACAUUCAGACUUUUUAGUAUAGUUAUGUUUUAAAGAAAAAAAUCUUCUAGUGGUAAAGGAAAAGAGUUUUAUUUUCUUCUUUAAAGUGAGGCUGUUCUGUGGGAGACCCCUGUAUGAAACUGUUAACGGUUCCACGGUUCUCAAAGGGUUCCUCAGACUGCCAUAGCAAUGCCUUUUAAGUAAAAGUAUCUUUCAUUGACACCAUAGCAUAUACCAAACUGAUGAGGUUUUCAGCUGCCAAACAGAUCCAGUGACAAGGACCUCGAGGGGUUUGGAGUAUUAAGCUUGACCUAGCAGUAGUAUCAACAAUAGGAGAAAUCUAGCCAAAAUCUGUUUGCUGACAUCAGUAUUGCCAUGAGUUCCUUUCACAUACAGUACGUCAUUCAUUCACUCACUCUAGUCUUAAUUUAGACACCCACACAGUAUUGAGAGUAAAGAUCGAUGUCCUACAUUUUUCUGUUUAUUAAUGUCUUGCUUAUGUGUGCACCAUACAUACAUCGUUUUGAUGUGUGUGUAUGUGAGAGAAAGAGAGAGAGAGAGAGCGAGAGAAAGUGACCGGUUAGUCAAAAGCAUCUUUUGCAAUUCCAUACUGGUGACCAGUAUUAGAGUUGCUAUUAGGAGUCGAAAAAAAGGUGAAAUUGUCUCACCAGCUCCACUGAAAUAUUAUUUGUUUUGAUGUGUUCAUUUCACAUUCCUUUGAGAAAGACUGUUUACUAAAUCUUGCAACUGGACAAAACUAGUUUCUGUUUUGUGUAUUGUAUGUUUUGUGUCGGUGUAAAUGUCACCACAAACAUUGGAUUGAAGUAUACGCUCCAUCUGAAUAAAAAAGUAUCAUACACGAUAUGGCUUGGGUAGUAUGAAUGUCCUCUCCCAGUUUUAUAAAAUGAUAUACUCAUGAAUAGAGUUUUUUUGGCUAUAGUACUUAGCCCAUGUACUUGCAUUGUGUAAGAGAAUGAUGCUUGUCCAAUUGUAUAUAUUAGAUGGCAACAAAUCCAACUGUCAUUCUAUUGUAGUGUCAACAGAAUGCCUGUAACAUAUUGCUUCUGAAUGUUUGUGACGGUAUAGGAACAUUUUGUACAUUCCUUUUAUCUGUAAAAUUUUUAUUUGACUAACGUUAUUUCUGAGAUGUUUUUUCUUCAGAAUCCAUAGAAUAUUCUGAGAGUACUUUAAGUAACAUUCCACAGAUUUACUCGGUAUCAGACAUGCCUGGUUUGACUUCAAUAAAACUGUUCUGAAUGUU